ACGUGAAACGCAUAUGGGUCACGUGACGAUCGCCGCCAUCUUUUUUUGGGCGCUUAAUAACCGCUGCCGCUAAUCGGUCGUCAUCUUCAUCAAAAAUGGAACACGACUACCAACCCAGCGCCGUCGUUUGCAGCUUCUGCGGGAAUGCGUACACGCUACCCGUUGAAAAUGAAGUUGAAGGCAAUCCGCCUCGUGUGUUGAUAUGUGGCCACAUCUUCUGCACAUCCUGCCUGCAGUCCAUCGAGUGCAGCAACGUUGUGAGGUGCCCCGAGUGCGAGGUUCGGUCGAGCCUGCCAGAAGAGGGCGUGGUUGGGCUGCAGGAGGACGCACGGAUCAUUGGCCUCAUCUACACAAUCAAAGUGAACAAGACAAGAAGCCAGAGGUUUGAGAAGCCAAACAGUCGCGUAAAAAUGGUGGCAUCCCCAAACGUCGAUGGCGACAGCGAUGAGGAGCAGCUAGCGAACCUUGAGGAGAUUGAGAGGGCCAUGGAUGAAGCGUUGGCCACAGCCGCAGAAAAUCUGGCCAAGCUGGAGCAUUUACACGAGACCUUGACUACAGGCCUUGCUGAGCAGGUGAAGCAAGAGCGAACCCGCCUCGAGACGGAAAUCAACCAGGCUGCUGACAAGGCACUGCACGCCACCCAGAAAUGGCGAGAUGUGCAGCUCAGUCAGCUGAACACACUGGAAGCUCGCUUCUCCAGCAGCCUGGCCGAGGCUGGCAGCGUCAAGGCCAGGAUCACCUCGCUGGAGAAUGCCAUGCAGAAAGUCAAGAAAGUGCGCUGCGUGCCCUUCUUGAAACAAUACUCUAACUUGGAUAAGGUUUUGGAGACCCUGCAGGCCCCUGUGGAUAACCAGUCCUUCAAUUUGAAGUGCCUGACCUUGGACUCUGGAAUGAGUGUUAUUUUCAGGUCACUUCAUCAGGCUCAGGGCGUGGGCUUGUUCAUCAAGAUGGACCUGGGCAAGCCAAAGACCCGGCCUGUUAUGCCACCCCCACUCCACCAACAUGGGGGCCUCAUCCCCAAGCCUCCCCGGCGUCAUGCUCGGGCUUUAACCAGCAGCCCGUUCGGUCCACGUAAGCCGAUGAAGAGGAGCCCGAGAAGGACGAGCCUGUCUAACCGCUGCGCCUCUCCGAGCCCGACGCGUCGUACCAACCUGAAACGCCAUAACUCCUCCUCCUCAGAGCACGCGACUUCUGACGUUAUCAUCAAGGAGGUGCUGGAGGGGGAGGAGCAACAAGGUGUUGUCCCUCCCACUGGGCCUGAGUUGGCCAAUGAGAAGCUGAGGACCCACAGGAGAGGAAGCAGGCAUGUGUAUGGCAGCAGGAGGAACGUCAGCCAAUUGGUGGUGGUGACACACGUGGUCAAUCCCUGUCACUUCUACGUGCGCUACGUGGCGGAGACGUGGGAGCACGGCCUCCUGUCCAAGAAAGUCAACCACUUCUGUGCACGAGACGGUAGCCGCUUCACUUCCGGUGACACAGUGGAAACUGACUCUGUGAUCUUCGCAAAGGGCAAAGGCGGUCUUUGGUGUCGGGCCAAUGUGCUGCAGGUCUUCCAAAAUGGCCGUGCGGGGACCGUGGCAGUCUGCCCAGUCUCCCAGCUGAGCAGCGUGCAGAUCUUCUUCACCGACUACGGCUUCACGGAGAACAUCAGCACGGAAGGAUUUUGCAGGGAGGGGGCGCCCCCACAGUCCUUUGUUGACCACGUGAAUGACCACCUGAGGAAGGUGAACGAGGAUGUGAAUGCAGAGGUGGGCCGCUUUUCUCCUCAGGCUGUCCGGUGUUCCCUCAAGGACCUGGUCCCCUACUGCCUGACAAGGGGGUGGAGCCAAGAGGCGCAGGUGGAGUUUUGCAGAGUGGUGGGUUCCGCUGCCGUGGAAAUGCAUCCUUUGGCUCAGGACAGAGACUUUCUGCUGGUGGACCUGAAGAAAGGUCCGGUGGACCAAUGCAGCGAUGUCGCCAUUUCUGUCAGAGAAUACCUGGUGUUUGCCGAGGUGGCCAGGUUUUAUUGUCCAGUCAAGCCUGGCAGGAGGCCGCUCAAGUACUACAACGCCGUGUACCCCCAAAUUCUCCAAAAGUACAACGCAGUGGUGUCGCACAUCAACAGCCCCGGUGACUUCUACAUUCAGCUGACCGACAGCAUGGAGUCCUUGUUGCUGGCAGCCAAGCUUCAGGAUUGUUACAACGCCAAAGUGGCGGCUGGAGAAGACCACCUGGCCAUUUACUGUCCUGUCAUCGGACAGGCUUGUGUGGCCCGCUUUGAAGACAACUCGUGGUAUCGAGCGGAGGUCACGGGUCAUCCCGGGGGCAGAAAGGUGGACGUCCAUUACAUUGACUUUGGAAAUAGGGCAACGGUGUCGGUCAGCGACUUGAGGAAGAUCAAGGAUGAGUUCUUCUCGCUGCCGGUCUUGGUAACAAUGGCCGUCCGGUGCCGCCUGGCGGACGUGCUGCCGCUGUCGGGAGAGACGUGGAGUGACCUCUGCAUCGAUCGCUUCGUCAGCCUGGCUCUUCACAAGCUCUUCCAAGUGGUGGCUACAGAAAAAUCCCCCAAGACGGAACCUGUGCCAGUUAAGCUGUGGGACAGCGACUCCACGGGCACGGUCGCUAGCGUAGCCGAGGUGCUCGUCGCAGAGCAGCUGGCCUGCUCCAAAGAGGGACUCCAGUCCUCCAACGCCGAGGUCGCCAACGACGGCGCCAUCUGGGACCUUCCGAUCGGGCUGACUGCUGGCGCCAGGGCUUUCCAUCCUACUGACGGCGAUGCCAGCAGUGGGUUGGCGUUCAAGCCUCAGCUCAGCCUCCCCCAAAGCCUGAAGGACGCCACGGUCCGAGUGAGCCACGUCACCUCUCCCAGCAGCUUCUUCGUCCAGUUCGUCCAAAGUGACGCUCAGCUCAAGAGGCUGAAUGAGCUUCUGAAGGAGGAAUGUGAGGGUCUGGAGGCUGAAGAAGUGGAGUGGAAGCCCGGCAUGACCUGUGCAGCUCACAUCGAUGGAGUUUGGGAACGAGGACGGAUCUGCUCUGAUGUCACGGCCGGCGGCGUGGUGGAGGUGAAGCGCUGUGACCACGGCAACAAGAUAAAGCUGGGCUGGGACAGUCUGAGGCCUCUGCCGCCCUCAUUGGAGGGGUCUUUUACGCUGGAGUGCUCGCUGACCGACAUCAGACCAGCAGGGGGCCAACCCACAUGGACCGCCACGGCCUGUGACUUCAUGUCCUACUACCUGUCUGGAGCCUCAGCUCUCAUCACCAUCCAGGAAGUGACGGAUCAGCGCCCCGUAGCGGCCACCCUGCUGUGCACGGACAAGAUGGGGGAGUUGGUCAGCGUCUCGGACUUACUGGCCAGGGAGGGUCUCGCCCUCAGGGAGAGGAAGCCAGCAGCUGAAAAGCUCCAUGGAAGCGAGGCUCGGCCUCCCGGUGGCGGGAUGCGAGCGGAGGGUUCAAACGCAGCCAAAACGACGGCCGUCCGCCCCAAGCCCACCCCCCGGACCAGCAGGCCCACCGAGAAGGUGAAGACCGACCUGUACAAACCGCCUGAGCUGCCUCCACUGGGCCUCAGUCACAUGAUCGUCUCUGCCGUCAAAGAGGACGGCCUCAUCUACGCCAGAACCCAAAAUGCAGAGAGUGUUUUGCAGCAGCUGUGGGAGAAGAUCCAGCAGACCAUGAAGACGCUGCCCAAUCAGAAGAGGUACACCUGGAAGGAGGUCCAGGGCUGCGCCGUCAUCGGACCCGACAUGCAGUGGUACCGGGGGCAGCUGCUGGAGGUCACGGGCGGACAUGUGAAGGUGCAGUACGUGGACUACGGCCUGGUGGAGAACAUUCCGGUGGUCCACGUGUACCCCCGGCUCCUGUGUGAGGACAUCCCUCAGCUUAGCGUGUCCUGUCGGCUCCAUGGCCUCACCCCCGUUGGAGGCAGCUGGCAUCAGAACGCCGUGGAGCUCCUCAAGGAGACACUCCUGUCUCGCCGCAUGGACGUGCACGUGCUGGAGGUGCCCAUGGACCCCAGGCUACCUCUGACGGUUGAGAUCUUCAUGGAUGGAAUGAGCCUCAACACCAUCCUGUGUCACCACAAACAUGCCUUGAUGGACUCCACAGCACUCAAGACACCCACCCUGCCGUCUGCUGCCACAGUUCUGGACCUGUGGGACAUAGACACAGAGGGCCUGACGGAGCCUCAGGAGGCGAGGGCGGGGCCUUUCACGGAGCCGGUCCUGCCUCGGGAGCGGGAACAGCUGAAGGUCCAAGUCAGGCACCUGCAGACUCCCAAUGAGGUGUUCCUGUGCUGGAAGGACACCACUGACCUGCUGGUGGACGGUCAAACUCUGGACCAGGUUCUGACCACGGUCAACACCAACAAGGACGGUCUGCAAGCACUCACCAACUUCCCUUACGGCGGCCCCUGUCUGGCAGAGUACAGCAACAGAAGCUUCUACCGAGCCAAGAUUAUCGAGAUCAUCAGCGCAGACCCCGUCAUGAUCCUGGUCCAGCACGUGGACUUUGGCUCUCACGACACCGUGCCCACGAGCAAGCUGCGUCAGAUGCCCGUGGACCUGCUGCGGUUUCCCAUCCAGGUCCUCAAGGUCCACGUGGCCGGAUUCAAGGCCCCGAGUGGCAGCAUGGAGGACGAGGUGCUUCCAUACAGGCCGGAGUGGAGCGUGAAGGCCACGCUGGCCAUGAUGGACCUGCUGCACGGCAACAUCACAGCCUCGGUGGUGGUACCCAAUGCCUCCGUAUUUAAGCCGCCAUGUUGUUUUUGUUCUUGUGAUAGCCUAACGCUCCACAAGAGGGCGCAUCUCCUCUGCUUGUUGCUUCCAGACUCUGGACCCGGAGCCGUCCGUGUUGCUUUACAACCAAGACGGGGACUUGGUCUUUUUGCCUCUGGUGGAAAGCGGCCUUGCGGAACUUCAGUGACGACCCAGUUGGGGUUUUUUUUUUUCGCUGCCAUCUUGGCAGAUGAUUGUUUUUCAGGUUCAGCAGACGUCCUUCUUGUUCCGUUUGUCAUUUCCACGUUUCCUUCACCAGAACACUUGGUUUGGCAGAGGACAGUUUUCUUCCUACGUUUGGCAGAGGACAGUUUUCUUCCUACGUUUGGCAGAGGACAGUUUUCUUCCUACGUUUGACAGAGGACAGUUUUCUUCCUACGUUUGACAGAGGACAGUUUUCUUCCUACGUUUGACACUUUAUCGCUAGACUGCUCUGUUUGUUCUCCUUUUACGGCUGCGCCAUUAAAGUCUGCUGUUCUUCAA